CCGAGGCCGGCCGGGGCCCGGCAGCCACCCGCAGAAGCACUGAGCAACUUCGGUUGGCCAGCACGUUGACAGAAGUUGCCUUUUGACUUAGUGCCCACCAUGGCUGGUUGGUAGGACCACCGUCCUGUGCUCAGAAGCCAGUUCAGAAUGACUGAAGAAGCAUGCCGAACACGGAGUCAGAAACGAGCACUUGAACGGGACCCAGCAGAGGACGAUGUGGAGAGCAAGAAAAUAAAAAUGGAGAGAGGAGUGUUGGCUUCAGAUUUAAACGCUGACGGAGAUAUAAGAGUGACGCCUGAGCCAGGAGCAGGCCCAGCCCAAGGGUUGCUGAGGGGGGCAGAGGCGAUGGCCAUGGGCAGAGGCGAAGGACAGGUGGGCGAUGGGCCCGUGGACAUGCGAACCUCACACAGCGACAUGAAGUCGGAAAGGAGAGCCCCUUCGCCCGACGUGAUCGUGCUUUCUGACAACGAGCAACCUGCGAGCCCAAGGGUGAAUGGGCUGACGAAGGAGACCUUGAAGGAGACCAGCACCGAGGCCCUCAUGAAAAGCAGUCCUGAAGAACGAGAAAGGAUGAUUAAGCAACUGAAAGAAGAGUUAAGAUUAGAAGAAGCAAAACUCGUUUUAUUGAAAAAGUUGCGGCAGAGUCAAAUACAAAAGGAAACCACCACACAGAAGCCCGCAGGCUCCACUGGGAGCUCCGUGACCACCCCUCCCCCGCUUGUACGGGGCACCCAGAACAUUCCUUCCAGCAAGCCAUCGCUUCAGACCUCUUCAACUCGGAUGCCUGGCAGUGUCAUCCCACCACCCCUGGUCCGUGGCGGGCAGCAGACAUCCUCGAAGUUAGGGCCCCAGACGAGCUCACAGGUCGUCAUGCCCCCGCUCGUCAGGGGGGCCCAGCAAAUCCACAACAUCAGACAACAUUCCAGCACGGGGCCACCGCCACUCCUCCUGGCUCCCCGGGCAUCGGUGCCCAGUGUGCAAAUUCAGGGACAGAGGAUCAUCCAGCAGGGCCUCAUCCGCGUCGCCAAUGUCCCCAACACUAGUCUGCUCGUUAACAUCCCACAGCCCUCCCCAGCAUCGCUGAAAGGGACGACAGCCACCUCUGCUCAGGCCAACUCCACCCCCACCAGCGUGGCCUCCGUGGUCACCUCUGCUGAUUCUCCAGCCAGCCGGCAGGCGGCUGCCAAGCUUGCACUGCGCAAACAGCUGGAGAAGACGCUGCUUGAAAUCCCCCCUCCCAAGCCCCCUGCCCCUGAGAUGAACUUCCUGCCCAGUGCUGCCAACAAUGAAUUCAUCUACCUGGUCGGCCUGGAGGAGGUGGUGCAGAACCUGCUGGAGACGCAAGCAGGCAGGAUGUCAGCCGCCGUUGUGCUGUCCCGGGAGCCCUACAUGUGUGCACAGUGCAAGACGGACUUCACGUGCCGCUGGCGGGAGGAAAAGGGUGGUGCCAUCAUGUGUGAGAACUGCAUGGCAUCCAACCAGAAGAAGGCCCUCAAGGUGGAGCACACGAGCCGGCUGAAGGCUGCUUUCGUGAAGGCGCUUCAGCAGGAGCAGGAGAUCGAGCAGCGCCUCCUGCAGCAGGGCGCUGCCCCCACGCAGGCCAAGGCUGAGCCUGCCACCGCCCCACACCCCGCGCUGAAGCAGGUCAUAAAACCCCGGCGUAAGUUGGCGUUCCGCUCAGGAGAGGCCCGCGACUGGAGUAACGGGGCUGUGCUACAGGCCUCCAGCCAGCUGUCCCGGGGCUCGGCCACAACGCCCCGAGGCAUCCUGCACACUUUCAGCCAGUCACCCAAACUGCAGAAUGCAGCCUCGGCCACAGCCCUUGUCAGCAGGACCGGCAGACAUUCCGAGAGAGCCGUGAGCGCCGGCAAAGGCAACGCCACCUCCAACUGGAAGAAGGCGCCCCUGAGUACAGGUGGGGCCCUUGCAUUCGUCAGCCCAAGCUUGGCAGUGCACAAGACCUCCUCAGCUGUGGACCGCCAGCGGGAGUACCUCCUGGACAUGAUCCCGCCACGCUCCAUCCCCCAGUCGGCCACGUGGAAAUAGUGCGAGCCGGGCCCGGUGGAGAACAGGCUCCCUCCUCCCUCCCACCUGGCCCCACCACCCUCCACUUGGGAAGACACCCUGCUCCCCAAGAGGGCGAGCAAACGCGGGCCCAGCUGCAGAAGUGAGAGCUCCGAUCUUGGCUCGUCGCGGCUGGGGGGUUGCCGCUUCACAGGUGGACCAGGAUUAUUACUGGGGGACCUUUCCCGUGGGCUUUCUUCCUUUCUUUGCCUUUAGUUUGCCCAACACCAGCAGAAAAGCGGACCUUGGGGGCUGGUUCUGCUCCUGGCGCUCCCCUUCGGCCCCCAUGGACGGCUCACCCUAGACACUGUGACACGCUCGGGCAAGACUGGCGCCCGGGGCUUCUGAAGUUGAGUGGAGCGUUCUGUUUUGUUUUUGCUUUUCCCCAUCUUAGCCUCCUAAUCUUUGACUGCCUUCCUUCAUGGCAAUCUCUAGGUUGACAGAUUUUUUUUUUAAUCACCUCAUGAUGAUGGAGUUUAAUGUAAACCGUGCAGACCCAGGGUUCCCUGCCAGGCACGGCCCCCAUGCCUUGGAGGGUGGGCCGCAGACCACCCAGCCCGUGCUCCAGCAGAAGGCCUCUGCUGCUGCUCGUCCCGGAGACCCCCGACCUUCCACACUUAGCAGAAGAACAAACUGCAACCCAGACCCAGCCAGAGAGCCCGGGAACCUGGAAGCCGUGCGCCACCAGUGGAGGAGGGAAGAGAGAAUUGGCAGCAACAUCCAGAGCCUGAGUGGGAAGUUGGAGGGGCUGGCUGUUGUGUUUUUUUUGUUGUUGUGGUGGUUUAUUUUAUUAAAUAUCUUCCUUUUCUUUUCCUACUUAUUUUGAUGGACAACGUCCUAAACCCUGGCCUGUGCUCCUGUCAGGUGUGUCCUGGUGGGGAGGUGCCCCCCCCACCGACUUCAGGGUUUAUGUUCGGGUCUAGUUUAGAACCUUCCCUUGAAGCAGGGCCAUGCUGCCAGGGUUUGCCUUCAGAGUUUUGUUUUUUUGUUUUCGUUUUUGUUUUUUUACCCUCUAGAGUCUACAGAAAUGUCUUACAAAGGAUCAGGUCUGCUCUUAGUUGUGUUUUGGUUUGUUUUCUCCCACUCCUUGAAAAUCAGUCCAUGAGGAAAGGCAGAAGCUGUUAUGUGUGUGCUGCACACGAGCCAGCUCUGUGCAGGUGCCAGGGUGUCAUGUGCACACACAUGCGUGUGGAGAUGGGGUACGCUGCUCCCCACUUCAGCCCCAGCCCUGGUUUUCCUAUCCAUGCAGUUAGGGACUUAAUUUAAAAUCCUUAUUUUGUAGGGCCAUAUUCUUUGACUACACUGCUGCAACAUUCUAAUAAAGGCUCAUUUAACCCCCCUCUCAUGUUGUGUAUCAGUGUUUAGAAAGCAUUUUUGACAUGCAGAAGACCUAGUUUUGCAAAACGUUCUAAUGUUUUGUUGUGUAAAACCUAAGUUUCUUACUGAUUUUUGUUCUGAGUGCAUAACGUAGAUGGGCUGAAGGAGGGGAGGGCAGGAAAAGGGUGGCUUUCAUUCCAAGAUCCAGGGAAUUGGGGGAAAGGAGGGAAAUUGACCUUCAGGAGGGGGGUGGGGAACGGUGUGUUUUUACACCAAAAAAUCAAGAGUAUGCAAGCAUUUCUAUUCCUCGCAUUUUUCUGUGUGCCUGGCAAAUAAAUACCUGUCUUAUACUACUCUGAGCUGUUAGCUCUGUCUGUUUAAUGACAUGGGCCAGAUUUUCCAAAUCCUCCAAGAAAGAGUGCCCAGCUGGCCUCCCCUGGCAAACUGACCUCAGUUCUAUGCAGCAAGUCGGGAUCAGGUGUCUGGGCCAAGGUCACCUCUGCACUGGGAGGUGCACCACGAUUGUUGCACCCCCACAGGGAUUGACUGGGUCUGUAACUCGAGGGCCCAGAGCCAAGCCACACACGCUGGCUCCCAACCCCAUCUCCCUCAACCUCACUCUCCACCAUGCUCAGGAACCACCUCACCUCACCUGGCCAGACUUUUCCAGGUUGUCGAUCAGUCUAAACUGAUCACAGGCGGAGGGCAGGAUGGCCAGGCUCUGACCCUGCCUCUGCCUUCUCCAGCCCAGCAUUUCUGGAAGCAUUCCCAUAGGAAGGACUUGCUGUGAUGUAAAUGUAGCUUUUUAAAAAAGGGGUCAAGAAGGUGAGAUGCCUUAAUCUUUAUUAGUUCAUUUACUGUCUCAAAACUUCUCCUUUUUUUCCCCUUGAGUUUCCCCUUUGCACUGUAAAUUCUGUGAUAAGCCCCAAAUGAAGUGGUUCUGUGAUGAAAUUUAUGUUACAAGAAAAGGCGUUAAAUACCUCUGGGUUUGGGAAGGACGUUAAGGGUAUUCUCCCAGUCCCAAAGCCCACCCCUCAAAAUCAGCCACAGCUCUGGGAGCCUGUGCUGAGAGGACCUGGUUCCCUGGAGCCAUGAGAAUGUGGGAGUCCCCAGUCCCAACUGAAGAUUGUAAAUCCCCAGUAAUGUGUGAUAGGGACCCCCAAAAGCAACUGGAAACUGCUCAGAACCUCAGCUGUUAUAUGAACUGGGGUGUGGGGUUCACUGAGCUUACUUCCCCAUUUUGACGGUGGGGGGAGCAGCUCUGAAACGGCUACAUGUAUGUGGGCCUGCAUGUACACGUGGAUGCUCACACAGAUGAAUGUGUCUACGUGGAGCUGCCCACGGCUCUGGCCAUCCUGACCAUGUUGUGGGGAGUCCAGUCCCCAGUAUCCCAUGUGUGCUGUUGGGACCCAAACCUUUGAUAUGGUCAAGAGUGGCUUUUCUCUGGGAGGUGGUGGGUGCGGGGAUGGCUCUGCUCCUGUCUGCUCUAAGACCUACAUGAAGCAAAAGCUCACUCUAGUGCAGAGGGAAUGAAAGGCGACAAUACACCCCUGCUGUGUCUUGUGGCUCCUGUGUCCCACGUGUCACUCUCCUAUGGGCAGACAUGGGGAGGAGUUUUCUAUAUGAUAAAUUCUCAUCACAGGGGUGUAAAUAAUGAAAGAUAGUCCUUGCUGCUCUGCCAUAGGGUUUUUCUUUGAUACCUAGUCAUGCUGCACAUGGUGUUUGCCUAAAGAACUCGGACUGAGCUUUUUUUUUAAAAGGACCGCUUAAGUUUUAUAAUCCUUAACAAAGGUGUACUAGACAGUUACACUAGUGUAGGAUAUUUGGGAGGUGGUUUGUUUUGGUUGAGGGGAGGAGGUUGUCACUUGUAUUUAUUGUGACUCUAAGUCUUUGAUAAUAAAUGUAAAAAAAAAGUCGGCCACUGAACGGGAUAGAAGUUCCAAUAAACAGACUGGAAUCAAUGGCUAUACAUUGUGUCAUGAGGAAGUUUUAGAAUCUGAAGGAUAAUAAAGAAAUGGAUGAUGUG